AUGGCCCCCUCAGAGCGCUCCCUGGAUUGUAGACCCUUCAAGGAGAGGCGCAGUUUAGGUGAGGGGCUUCCUCCUCUAAGAAGAAGCGAAGUGAUCAAUAUCCGCAGCAAAUACCCCAACAAACUGCCGGUCAUAGUGGAGCGUUACCCCAAGGAGAGGUCACUACCGCACUUGGAUAAGUCCAAGUACCUCGUACCCCUGGAACUCAAUCUGUGUCAGUUCAUGAUCAUUAUCAGGAGCCGAAUGUCCCUUACGUCGAGUCAAGCCUUUUACCUGAUGGUAAACGACAGGAGUCUGGUGAGCACGUCCCUCACCAUGGCCGAGAUCUACACGGAGUUCAAGGAGGAGGAUGGCUUUCUCUACAUGACCUAUGCCUCGCAGGAAAUGUUUGGCCGCCUCGUCCUGGGUGAGGGCUGCUCCUGACGGCCUGUCUCUUGGCCUUGACUGGGAAAUGCCGAUAACCCGGUGGUCUGAUUUAUUUUUUAAACUCUUCUUUCCUCUUCGAUUCCUGCACGUGCAAUGGUUCCUUUCUAUUACUGCUCCCCAGCCCCCUCAAAUUCCACAGAGGAAAGUGUUUUGAAAUGGCAUUAACCUGACAGUCCCUUCACAUCCAUGCUGUGUGUGUUUAAGGUCGAGGUUGCUUGGGUGUUGCCAGUUCUAAGAAUCAAAUAGCACCGGAUCCCUGAAGUCCUGAACACUUCACCAGUCUGCAUAUCGAGCUGCUUGAGCUAAUUCGGACCUUGCUGGCUUUGGGCUGUGAAUCUAUUGUAACUCGGUUUCUCUGACUGGAUGUAACGCCUACCUUUGGAAGACAUCAUCAUUCACACCACUGACCAUGUUCUCAUACAGUAGGAGAGGACCUUAUUCAGCUGGUUAAGUGUGUUUUAUACUGUG